AACAUACCAGAGAGCUGCUACAAUGGCCACCAGAGAUGUAUCUUCCCAAUCUGAUAUCUCCAAGAUGCAAAGAGAUCCCGAUGGAUCCUUCAAGCGGCAGGCAUCUGCCUUCCGCAAUACCAUCGAACGUGGUGGCAAAUUCGAGCCUGAGCGCGAUCGUUACCACCUCUAUGUCUCAUACGCAUGUCCUUGGGCCACCAGGACGUUGAUUGUUCGGAAACUGAAGGGUCUUGAGGACAUCAUCCCCGUGACCGCGGUUUCUCCGCGUAUGGGAGCGCACGGAUGGCCUUUCGCGUCUGCAGACGACUAUCCUGGGACAGAUCCUGACCCCUUGCACCAGUCGCAGCACGUAAAAGAUCUCUAUUUGAAGGCCGAUCCGGACUACGCUGGAAGAUUUACCGUCCCUAUCCUUUGGGACAAGAAGAACCAAACUAUCGUGAACAACGAGAGCUCAGAAAUCAUUCGUUUCUUCAACUCUGCCUUCAACCACCUUCUCCCAGAAGACAAGGCAAAGCUUGACUUUUAUCCCCAAGAGCUGAGAGUCGCGAUCGAUUCCCUCAACGAGUGGGUUUACCACGGAAUUAACAACGGUGUUUAUAGGGCUGGUUUUGCCACGACGCAAUCAGCCUAUGAAAAAGCUGUCCAUGAGGUGUUCGACAGCCUUGACAAGGUUGAAAAGAUUCUGGAAGGCAAGGAGUAUGUUGUCGGCGACCGUUUGACGGAAGCCGACAUCCGGCUCUGGGUUACUAUCAUACGUUUCGAUCCCGUCUAUGUCGGCCACUUCAAGUGUAACUUUAGAACUAUCCGAGACGGGUAUCCCGCCAUCCACUCGUGGCUGCGGAAGUUGUACUGGAACGUUCCUGCGUUCAAGGACUCGACCAACUUCGACCAUAUCAAGACACACUAUUACUGGUCUCACACAUCUAUCAACCCCACAAGAAUCGUGCCGGUCGGACCCAUUCCUGACAUUCAACCGCUCUGA